AUGCGAUUAUUGAAAUGGGACAACAUGGGAGUGAAAAUUGAUGGUCGGCAAUUGCACUAUUGUCGCUUUGCUGAUGACUUCGUUUUUAUAACACCAAGCAUUAGCCAUGCAGAACGAAUGGUUGUCGGUUUCAAUAAAGCUUGUGGAAAGACUGCUCUUGAAAUGGAUCUGAAAAAAGAUGUUCAUGAAGAACGGAUUGAUUUCGCAUGCUCCAUUCACGCUCAACGAAACGAAUACGUCGGAGUGUUUCAGCUACAUGUCACUAGUUCAGGAAAUCAACGUAACAAACUAGCUCCAGAGUUGAAUAGGAGGAUAAGAAGGAUAACAACGGCUCGAGGAGCUUUCAGGAGCAUCGAGGACGUAGUAAAGAAAACAAAUAACACCCGAAUCUGUGCCUACCUUUUCGACCUCGCGAUUAUUCCUGUCUUAACGUAUGAGUCACAAACCUGA